AUCGUGUGAGCCGCACGAUCGAGUUCUCUCGAUGAUAUUAUCGUCGGGUACCUGGCAGUCACUCGGACAGUUUCCGCGCGAUGUCUCGCUCGUGGACGCGCCACGCGUUCCCCUUCGCGUCGCCGUCGUUGCGAUCGUGCUGAUGUUGACGAUCACCGCGCGUGCGCAGCAGGAAACUGACGAGUCGAAAUCGAGAUCGAAGCUCGACGAGGAGCUGUUUGAGAAAUUAUUUGCGCAACGACGAAAAGAUCACAUGGAAGCCGUGCGAACUCUCCUAAAGAUGGACAACUAUCGUUUGUAUCAAACGAUCUCGGUGCUGACUGAGAAGAUGGUGGAUGUCAUCGAAUCGAGUAGGAGCGUCGUCGAGAAAGGUGGUUUCUCGUCGAACAGUUCUUUUCCGGAAGAUACCAAUGUGAGAGACGCGUUAUCCAGUAUUCUCGAGAACACCGCAUUCUUUGGGGACGUUAUCCUGCACCUACCCAACGUCACUCACAGGAUACUGAGGGCGCGGCAGAAAUGGAACUCGACGAUACACUGGUCCUUGAGUUUCGUUAAUCAGACGCGUCACCUGCUGGACAAAUCGACCAUCGCGAUGAUUCGUCUGGUUGAACAGGAACUGAAUAUCACGGAACGAGAUCCGAGCUAUUUUAAUCCGUACGCAAGUAGUGGUUCCACUUGCAAGGACGAGGAUACUGCGAAAAGGAAGAGAUCAGUGAAGCGAGCAAAACGCAGAAAGGGACCGCAGAUGACAAAAAUCGAGUUGUGAGGUCGCGAGAUUCCUCCGACCGGUUCCUAGAUCGUCUCGUCCAGAGGCGGACUCCGUAAUAUAAUGUUGUGCGUAUAUCCAACUGUGAAAAAGCUUUUCUCAUAAUUACAAAUAAAGAUUAAAAUAUCGUUGCAAGG